AUGAAUAAUGAAAUAUCAUGUUUAAAUGAAGAUAAAUUUAAACCAGUAACACCCUAUGGUCCAAUAACAGCAAUAAAAAUACAUAACAAUUAUAUAUAUGUGGGAUAUGGUUCACUUUUGAAAAUAUACAACAUUGAAACUCAGGAAUCUGUUUUUCAAACGCAGGUAUUCAAAAGAAGAAAAAUACAUAGUAUAGAUAUUAGUCCAAAUGGGGAAUCUGUACUCCUAAGUGGUGAAAAAUCAUUCAUGGUAGCAAAUUUAUCUGAUUUAUUUGAGGAAAAGGCAGAAUAUAUUGAAAAAUCAAUACAUGAAUGGAUAAUUACUAGUUGUUUUUCAGAUGAUUCAACUAUAUUAUUAUUAAAUGCAUAUAAUAACGUCUAUCAGAUUAAUUUAUCAGAUUAUACAUACGAGAAGAUUCAUUGUAAUGAGAAAUCAAUUUUAUAUUCUGGUUCAAUUAACAUUUUAAAUGAUGGUGAAAUUUAUAUCGCCGCAGGGACAGUCAUGAAUGGAGUAGUAAUAUGGAAUUUAAAAACAAGAAAGAUAGUAUACAAUCUUAAAGAUCACGAAGGCUCUAUUUUUGGUGUUAAAAUUGAUCAAACUGGUAAAUUCAUCAUUUCAUGUUCUGAUGAUCGAUCAAUUAAAUUAUAUGAUUUCAGAACUGGCAAUUUGUUAGCUAAUGGUUGGGGACAUGGUAGUAGAAUAUGGGGAUUACUGUUUUUUAAGUCUGAGAAUGAUAAGAUUAUGUCAAUUGGUGAGGAUUGUACUUUACGUAUCUGGAAAUUUGAUGGUACUGAUCAAUUAGUACAAUUACGAUUAUAUGAAAACUGUCAUAGGGGUAAACAUAUAUGGUCUGGUGAUGUAGAUGAUGAUAUUUGCGUUACUGGUGGUGCUGAUGGUAAAUUAAGAAUACACGACCUAAAUGAAGAUAAUCAAAAUGUGGAAAAAUAUUCAAUUGACGAAAUUUCAGAAACCUGUCAGUUUGAUUUGAUGAAGAAUGAGUUUAUAAGGGACUUCUAUGAGUUGGAAACUUGUUUAAUAUUGUUGACUUCUAAUGGUCAUUUGAUUAAAUUUGAAAAGGAGAUUAAAGAAUUUAGGUAUAUGGGUCAUUAUUCAACUUUGAUAAAUUUUGGAAUAGUUAAAGGUUUUAAGGAAUUAGGUAUUGUUGUUAUUGCUGAUAGACAAGGUGACUUAUUGGUUACUGAUGGUGACAGGACCGAAUGGAUUGAUAGUAAAAUUAACCGCACAAUUUCAAACAUAUUCACAUACUCACAAGAACAUCAGUACUUCAUCCUCAUGGACUGUCCAAAUCCAAACAUUCCUUACAUAUUAUACAAAUUCAAUGAUAGUUUUAACAUUGUUGAAGUCAAAGAAGUGCCCAAGCCUGAGAAAUUCAUUACUAUAUCAUCAAUUGCGCUCGAUCUUGAAAAUAAUUGGUUAGUAUUAGCAACGAAGAAAAUCACAAUUGGAAUAAUAGAUUUAAACUCAAUGGAAUCCAAAGUAUUCAGAAGAAUUUCACAAGGGGACACAAUAAGUCAAAUAUCAAUAAUCAACCCAUCUAAAAACAAUCUAGAUUUAUUAAUAUUAGCGAGAGAUGGAAUCUAUACUUAUCUAAGAACAAAUCUCUCUUCAAUUGAAAUCUAUCAACAGAAUAAAUUAACUCGAGGGUUCAUCGAAGGUGGAUCCAUUCAAAACAAUGAAUUAAUCCUCUAUGGUUUCAAAAGUUCAUAUUUUUAUGUUUGGAAUGAGACUAGACAAAUUGAGAUAAUGAAUCAAUAUUGUGGAGGUAAUGGGCAUCGUCAAUAUAAAUUCAUAAAACAAAAUAAUGGAUUUAGGUUCAUAUAUAACUUCAAAAACUAUUUAUGCAUUUGUGAAUUUCAACAUCGUUUUAAAGAUUAUGGAUUAAUUAAUCAAGGAACUCACGGUAGAGAAAUUCGAGAUUUAUCAAUUGGAGAAAAUGGAUUAUUGGCCAUAAUUGCUGAAGAUUCAACAAUUAGUCUAAAUAAAAUUAUCAAUGGUGGGGUCAAACAUUAUUGGUCAAUGAAUAAUCAUAUAUCCGGAAUGCAAAGAAUUAAAUUCAUGAAUGAGAAUUAUUUGGGUAGCUCUGCAGCUAAUGAAGAAUUCAUAAUUUGGAAAUUGAACUCUAUGGAUGACAUUCCUACUAUAUAUGAAGUUGCAAGAUUGGAAAAGACUAAAGAUGUUCCUGAUUUACGUAUUAUGGAUUUUGAUUCAAUUGAAAUAACUUCAGACACAUUUAUGAUAGCAACAGUUUAUUCGGAUUCACAAAUAAAGAUUUGGAAUUACAAUAAGGGAUUCAAUUUGAUUUCAAAAUGGAUCUAUAAAAGUUGUUGUGUUUUAAAUGUUCAAUUUUGUACAUUCGGAGAUGUUGUUUAUUUAUUGAUUGCUACUACUGAUGGAUUUAUCUCAGUUUACAAAUUGACUAAUGAUUAUAAAAAUCAUUCAGUGGUGUUGAGGACUCAAUUACAUCAAAGUUCAAUAAAGGCCAUUAAUUUAUAUAAAAGAGAUGAUGAUCAUUAUAUUUUGAUUACUGGUGGGGAUGAUAAUGCAAUCACUGUAAAUGCUUUGAACCAGAAAGGAGAUGUGUUAAGUAUAGAUUUGAUUGAUCGUGAUGAAUUUGCUGCUUCAUCCACCAUUACUUCAAUUUCAAAAGUCAAUGAUACUGAGUUCGUGGUCACUUCAGUUGAUCAAAUUGUUAGAUUAUGGAGUUUCAAAGAUACAACAUUAAAAUGUAAUGCUGAGAAAUUUACUACUGUUGCUGAUACUGGAUGUUCGGAUAUUACAGAAAUCAAUAAUGAAAAGAUUCUAGUUAUUGGUGGUGCUGGUUUAAGUUUAUGGAAUUUAUAG